AGCUUCAUGCACCCGAACUUGGGUAAAGCCGGCACACCAUACGCCCGCAGCGUUACGCCGCAAACCAUGCAACCGGGCGUCCGACCUGAUCCUGAGGUCAUCUUCGAUAGCCUCAUGUCACGGAAAGUGCGCGAGGAUCACCCGAACAAGAUCUCCAGUGUUUUGUUUUACCUCGCAUCCAUAAUCAUUCACGACCUCUUCAGGACGGACCGUGAGGAUUUUAGGGUCUCGAACACAUCCUCGUACCUGGAUUUGUCUCCCCUAUACGGUAGCUUCUGGGAGGAACAGAAAUCGAUGCGUACUUUCAAAGACGGAAAGAUCAAGCCGGAUUGCUUUGCUGAGAAGAGAUUGCUGGCGUUCCCACCCGGCGUUGGCGUCUUGUUGAUCAUGUUCAACAGGUUCCACAACUACAUAGUCGAUCAGCUCGCUCUGAUCAAUGAGGGCGGCCAGUUCACCAAGCCAAAGGAGGGGGCGACUGGAAAGAGGGCAAAAACAUGGGAGCAAUACGAUGAGGAUCUCUUCCAAACAGGUCGACUGAUCACUUGUGGUCUUUACGUCAACAUCAUCCUCGCCGACUACGUCCGCACCAUUCUGAAUCUCAACCAGACCAACAGCAAUUGGAAGCUCGAUCCCCGUGCCGAUAUCAAAGACCUCGAGAAGGGCAAGGGCAAUCAGGUUUCUGCUGAAUUCAAUCUCGUCUACAGAUGGCACUCGACAAUUUCGGAGCGAGACGAGAAAUGGACCGAAGAUUUCUUCCAGGAGCUGUUUGAGGGUAAGAAGCCCGAUGACGUUAGCUGGCAUGAUUUCGUCGUCCGUCUUUCCGAGCUAGAUAAGCAAAUCUCCGAGGACCCUUCCGAGCGACCGUUUGCUCGCCUCGAGCGCCAGGAAGAUGGCACCUUCGACGACGAUGAUCUCGUGAAGAUCAUCACCGAGGGCAUCGAGGACUGCGCCAACUCGUAUGGAGCCCAGCGUGUUCCCGCUGUCAUGAAGGCCGUGGAGGUGCUGGGCAUCCAACAAGCUCGGGUCUGGAACGUUGCAUCCCUGAAUGAGUUUAGGAAGUACUUCGGACUCACUCCACACGAGACGUUCGAAGACAUCAACUCCGAUCCACAUGUUGCGGAUCAGUUGAAGCGGCUCUAUGACCACCCCGACUACGUCGAACUAUAUCCAGGACUCAUCGCCGAGGAAGCGAAGAUCCCUAUGGUCCCUGGUGCAGGUCUCACCCCGUCGUUCACAAUUUCACGGGCUGUUCUGUCUGAUGCGGUUGCGCUUGUGCGCGGUGACCGAUUUUAUACGGUCGAUUACCACCCGAAGAAGCUGACCAACUGGGGUUUCCAUGAAGUGCAGGGUGACAAUACCAUUGACAAUGGCUGCGUGUUCUUCAAGCUAUUCUUGAGGGCGUUCCCCAAGCACUUCAAGCAAAAUUCGGUUUACGCACACUAUCCGAUGACCGUCCCGUCCAAGAUGAAGGAUGUUCUUACCGUCUUGGAAACCGCCCAUCUGUAUGACUUUGAGAGGCCGAAGAAGACCAACGACCCGUCUAUGGUGUUUAGCUAUGCAGCUGCCUCGAAGGUUUUGAACGAUCAGCAAACAUUCAAAGUGACUUGGGGGCCUGCCAUAGAGUUCCUUAUGGGGCCCGCCGCGAAGGACUUCAUGCUGUCGGGUGAUGGACCGAAAAAUGCCGAGUCUCGCAAAAUGAUGCACAAGUCUCUGUACGUCCAAGAAUGGGAGAAGCAGGUUAAGGAGUACUACCUGGACAUCACGAAGAAGCUCAUCAAGGAGAAGUCAUACAAGCUGGCCGGGGUAAAUCAAGUGGACAUCAUCCGCGACGUCGGCAACCUUGCCCACGUCCACUUCGGCUCGGAUCUGUGGUCACUCCCUUUGAAGACCAAAGAGCGUCCUCUCGGGGUCUUCACCGAAUCCGAGAUGUAUCUCAUCAUGGCCGGAGUUUUCAUCUGCGUCUUCUUCGACCUCGAUCCCGCGAACUCUUUCCCACUCCGACAAAAGGCGUACAAGGCCACCCAUGCGCUGGGUCAACUGGUGGAGGCCAACGUCACGGAAGUCAAGCUCGGCGGUAUCUUUAACCAGCUCUUCUCCGCCAUAUUCCCGAAACCGUCUCCCCUCACUGACUACGGGCUCCAGCUCACUAAACGCCUCCUGGAGUCGGGCAUGGAUGUGAAGAAGCUCGUCUGGGGUCAUAUUUUGGGCACUGCGGGUGGUAUGAUCCCAAACCAAGGCCAACUCUUCGGCCAGAUCCUGGAGUUCUACCUCACGGUCCCAGAGGGACAGAAACACCUUCCUGAAAUCCGGAAGCUGGCCCUCCAGGAUUCCGACGAGGCAUUCGACAAGCUCAUGCACUACGUUCUAGAAGGUGCUCGACUGUACGGAGAGACGGGCGUUUUCCGCGCCGUCGCAACGCCAACUACCGUCCAGGACGGCAACCACGAGGUCCACCUGAAGCCCGGUGACGUGGUGAUGGUGAACCUCCGCGCCGCCUCACACGACGCCGCGGCGUUCCCGAACCCCAAGAAGGUGGACCUGACCCGGCCGAUCGACAAGUACAUCUUCCUCGGCCAAGGCCCGCACGAAUGCCUGGGUCUGGCGAUGACGCGGAUUUCGCUCACGUCCAUGCUGAAGGUCGUCGGCGCGUUGCCGAACCUCCGCCCCGCGAAGGGCCCGCAAGGGAAGGUGCAGAAGGUGAAGAAAAUCGUGAAGGGCCACGAGGACUUGCCUGAGGAGUGGAGUUAUCAUGCGUAUUUGACCGAGAAUUGGGAUUCGUUCUUCCCAUUCCCUUGCUCUCUCAAAGCAAAUUGGGAUGACGAGUGAAGGUAAUCUGAACCGGUCAGGAUUAUCGUUGCUAUCUUUGGUGGUGGUCGGAUCUAAGCUAUUUCUCGCCAGAUACUUCCGAUUUAUAGACGGGUGUCCUUUG